AUGCAUCAACAAGGGAUAGGAAGGAACCAACUCCCGCGACAUUUUAGCUGGGCCGUAGAUUACGACCGCAAGCUGGCUGGUGCUAUUGUUGAAGUUCACUUCACGCUUGUGCAUCACGGAAUAGGGAGGUCGAAGAAUCAUGCGAUGAUUGAUUUUUGGACUGGCGGUCUGACGAACGAGACUCCUGCUGGCGCAGCUUGGCCCUCGCUCAAGUUCAAUCGUCCUUCUACAAAGUUUGGAACCAAGACCAAGUAUGAAGACAUCGAUUUUGACACCGAUUUUGACACCGAAGACAUUUUUCGGGUAUCUGAUGUAAGAGAAGAACCUGAGACACAAGAAUACAUCACGUUCCACAAGAAAAAAAUCAAGAUCGUCGUCGAGCUUUCCGGGAAUACUGCAACCGAAGAUAACCAUGAAGCGCCAUUCUUCAGGAAGUUGACACGAGGCCCCCAAGGUUCCGAUUUCUGGUCAUAUGAAAGGUGUCAAGUUUUCUUUGGUCUCAUGCCUUAUUUGACAACGUGCUUACAAUUGACCGACAUCGGAAAAUCUUCGUUGAUCAAUCACGCAUUCGGAAUGGAGAAAGCGGUUUUGGACCGGGGGAAGAAGGCAACCUUACAACAGUUCAAGAUUUCAUUGGUCGUCGGUGAUCUCAGCCUGUUUUUAAAUAUCAGCUCCACGCUGCGGGCGAUUACUGAGUCCGGCACGGAGGCAUUCCUCACAUUGAAGCGUGACGGAAAGCUGGGAAACAGUGGAAAAUUGGCUACUCACCCCUUUGUCGAGUCCCCGUCAUCGUCGUUCUAA